AUGGCCGCUCGGUCAGUUUGCUGCCCCAAUCGUCUUUCAUCUCUCUUAUUCUCUCCCAAAGUGAUUCCAUUUGCUCCUGCUUACUUUUCCACACAAAUUGGCCGUGACGCCCCAGUUCUGGUACGGGAUUUUAUUCACGCAGCUUUGUAUGAUUCAAAACAUGGGUAUUUUUCUAGUAGAUCAGGCUCGGUUGGGGUGCUUGACAGAAGCAUCAAGUUUAAUCAGCUUGGAGGACGUAAAGCUUAUAUGCAACACCUAGAUAAAAUCUACAAGCAAAGUGAUAUCUCAUGGUUUACUCCAGUUGAGCUCUUCAAGCCUUGGUAUGCUCAUGGAAUUGCUGAAGCAAUCAUGCGGACUACGAACUUAUCUGUUCCGCUAAAAAUAUAUGAGAUUGGAGGUGGAUCAGGAACUUGUGCAAAGAGUGUAAUGGAUUACAUAAAACUGAACGCACCAACAAGAGUUUAUGAUAAUAUGAGUUACAUUUCAGUAGAAAUCAGUCCUUCACUAGCCAAAAAGCAACAAGAAACUGUCGGAGAAGUAAAUAGUCACUUGGCAAAGUUUCAAGUAGAGUGUCGUGAUGCUGCUGACCCAAAUGGGUGGGGGCUCGAGCAACAACCUUGUUGGGUCAUAAUGUUAGAGGUGCUUGAUAAUCUUCCACAUGAUCUGAUAUAUUCUGAAAAUCAAGUUUCACCUUGGAUGGAAGUGUGGGUUGAAAAGCAACAUGACAGGUUAGAACUCUCUGAGUUGUAUAAGCCACUACAUGAUCCACUAAUCACAAAAUGCAUGGAGAUUUUGGAUCUGCCAAAAGAUGGUAGUGCUCAAGGAAGCAUGUUUGCAUCAGUUGCCAAAAGUAUUUCAGCCAAAAUACUUCCAAAGCCUCGGAGAUGCUGGCUACCAACUGGUUGUUUGAAACUUCUAGAAGUUCUACACGGUGCUUUACCGAAGAUGUCAUUAGUUGCAUCUGAUUUCAGUUACCUUCCUGAUGUUAAAGUACCUGGUGAGCGAGCUCCACUGGUUUCAACCAAGAAAGAUGGCAAUAGUUUGGAUUACAGCACUUAUCUGGAUGCAAAGGGUGAUGCUGAUAUCUUUUUCCCCACAGAUUUCUGGCUUCUGGAACGUAUGGAUCAUUAUUGUUCUAGACAGCUGAAGCCAAACCAAGAUAAAUCGUUGAAGAAGGGAAAGAAGAGACGGACGCUUACGCUUGACACGUCAUCUUUUAUGGAAGAAUUCGGUCUUCCCUCUAAGACAAGAACCAAAGAUGGAUACAAUCCCUUGUUGGAUGAUUUCAAGAACACUAAAUUUUAUCUGAGUGUUCCAACACACAAUACCAAAUAG